GACCAGGGGGCGUAGGUUUGACCGGCUUCUCGGAGGCUCAGACACAAUGAACCGUCAGACGGUGAGGUGCACGCAUGUUGGGUCCGAGGUAUCGGCACGGUUUUAGCACAUUAUUUUUCUCCAUUGUGCCUUUUCUUUGACUUUCUUAGUAAUUUUCAAACUACUGAUUCGCUGUAUGGCGGUAACAAGGCUAAACUGGAACCGGUUGGCUCGUCGAGUUUGAUGAAAACGAGGUCGGGAUCAGACUACCGUUAGCCCCUCCUGGCGGAUUUUUUUUUCGUUAUUUUUUUUUCUAGCUAAAGCCAACUAAACAAGGAAGAUAACAAUGUCGUUGACUGCUUCAUCUGAUUAUUUCGCUGCCGAGUGUCUGGUAUCGAUAUCUAGCGGUCCUGUCCUGCACAGACCCACCCCGGUCGCCCCCGCCAGCCAGCCGGCCACGGUGGGCCUGCACCCCGGGGAGCCCGACGGUUCAAGCGAGGACAGGGAAGUGCGGGAGACUCUGAGGCUGGAGGGGGCGAACAUGAUGGCUGUGGCCGGUAUCCUCACCGACCUGCACGGUAAGUUCCGCCCGAUGUCGGCCUACUCGGAGAGCAGCAACUCGUCAUGUGGUGGGGAGAGCGGUUACACCACGUUGUCCGACCCAACCACCCCUACCAUGACCCCCUCAGCCACCCCGGUCCCCGGACAGCAGCUGAGGGGGGGAGGAGGAGGAGGAGGCGUGGGGGCCCCGCGGUCCCCGGUGAAGCGACAUCAGUGCACUUUUGACGGAUGCGACAGAGUUUACGGGAAAUCGUCCCACCUGAAGGCACACAUCCGGACACACACAGGUGAGAGGCCCUUCCCAUGCACCUGGCCUGACUGUGAGAAGAAGUUUGCACGCUCUGAUGAGCUAGCUCGCCACACCCGCACCCACACGGGAGAAAAGCGCUUCCUGUGCCCACUGUGCGACAAGCGCUUUAUGCGCAGCGACCACCUGAUCAAGCACGCCCGUCGCCAUCCUGACUUCCAGCCCUCCAUGCUGGGACGCAACAAGGGCGCAUCCACUGUUUCCAGUCAGGCUAUGCACCAUUAGGAUGGUUUGGGUUUUGGGGGGUGGGGGUGUUCCUGUGCACUCGGGGUCAGCAGGAGCACAGAAGGUCACAGUGGUUUCAAGUUAACCAGCUACAAUCAGAUCCACUGACGAGGAUUUAGCAUUGCUGUGUUGUACUCAAAAAUGUGCACAUACACAAACGAACACACACACAAACAGGGCUGGAGGUGAGGGGGGAAGUAGCCUCGCCUCUCCAUUCACACAGAUGAGUCAUGUGACCGCUAUCCACCUGUGCAGCAUAACAAGGGUUGGGUGUAAGAACGUUCCAAAUCUGUAAGAACUGAAGAUUUGUUAAGAAAUUUGCUUUUCGAUUCCACCUAUCGUUUCCUGAGAGCAAAGUUUGGACCUACUGCACUUCUUUUUACAUUUUUGCUUAUAUAUGUGUCAAAGCACAUGUAUAAUGUUUACAAUACAGCAGAGUGGAGCUAUGCUUUCAAAAGUAUAGCUACACUUCAUAAAAGACAGUAAUGACAUAGUGAAAUGUAAUCACUGCAUGAAAAAGGAGAGGAAAGUCCAUUAACAUGAUGACACAUCUACUACAGGAUAGUAUAAGAAUGUAGCGUUUUAAUAUCCUGUGUUGUGACAUGGUGAAAUUCAAUGGUGAAACCUUUUUAUUGAUCGAAUAACCAGAUGGGAAGUGUCAGUUUUUGGUUUAUCUUCUGAAUUAUAUGUCGGACGAAUCAAGGUACUUCAUCACAUUGAUGCAAAAAUUCUGUAAAUCCAUUUAUGCCAUGCAGCUGUUAUUCUCAGUGAUUUGCAGCAUUGCCUAAUACAGUAUUCUUAGGCUUUUAAUGCCUCACAAAAUAAAAACUAAAACCAUUCAACUUCUGCAUGGCACAACAGAGAAUAUUUAUUUUCUUCUUUUGACCAAAAUACAUCAAAAAAUACCAUAUCAUUUAUGACAUGUUUAUGGCAGUCUAAACCGUAUGAAAAUAAAUGUGGUUUGUGCUUUGAAUGUACUUUGGUUUUCUUUCUUAAUCAGGAUUCGAUAAGAGUCGGAAUCAUUAAGCAGAUUUCAGUGGAUAAAAUAAACCCAACCCUAAACUUAACCUCAUUUUCUCAAACUGAAACACUUUCACAAAUUGCAGGGAUUUCUCACAUUUUCUGUAAAAAUCUGCAUAUUCAUCAUCAGCCAAAACACCUCUGUUUUCUUGUGGUUAAUUUGCUGAUUGUUGUUGUGCUCUUCAGCACCAUUUAUUUACCAUGAGUAGCACAAUGUUGUGAUGUUAGGUAGUGAGGCAGUGAGUAGAAGCUUUUUUAGCUUUUCUUUUUUAAUAGCUUUGCUGAGUCUGUAUUCUAAGUUUUAGUGGUGACACAUUCCUUUUUUUAUUGCAUUAGUAACUAUCAAUGAGGUGAUAUAUGUCAAUAUUUUUUCUUGUAUACUGAAUUAACAAUAGAUCAAAUAUUAAUUUUGCCAGAAAGUGGAUCAAAUCUCACUGUAGAGGAGCUGUUUGCACGCCAUUCUUAAGUCUAGAUCAGUUAUCACUCAUGAAAUGCUGACACAUAAUACACAGUAGUAUUAUGUCUUAUAGUGAUGCAAAUGUAUAUAAGCUUUAAGCUUUUAAUCUAGAAACAUGGUAAUGCUACUAGCAGCAGAAUUAAUACGUGAUGACUUGUAGUCCUUAUAUUAGGGUUAACAGUAUAUGCUUGAUAAGAUGGCAUUGCCUGUGAGUGUCAGUGUUUUUUUUAAUUUACAUUUUUGUUAGUGACAGAACUGGGAAAAGUAUGCGGUGGGAUCAAAAUAUUUAGGGGGAAAAAAGACGACAUGAGUUGAGCUUGGUUCUCAGCCUGCUCCCUUCAAAGUAAAAGCGUUCACUCAUCAUUGUUGGGGAGUUACACGGUAGAAACAUAUUUCAGGAUCAGUUGUUUCUACAGGUGUAACUAAUAACAACAGCAAUAACUGGAAUGCAGCCAUUAAUAAUGUUAUUACUUUUGUCUUUGGUAAAUUAAAAUGGCCACUGUCAUAAAGAUUUGAUACAAACAAGGAUUUGUUAAGAACCUGUUUAGUUCACCUAAAUAUUCCCAUCAGUUCAGUAGUCCUAAUGAAUUAUAUGAAUCAUCACAAGAAAUGAAAACAACAUUCAAAAAACCGAAUCAAGCAAAGCUCAUGUGAAGUAAAUGUUUAAAAUUUAUUUGAGUACAUACAGAGUCCAGGUCUGAUUCUAGAGGGGUUGAAUCUUUUUCUUGUUUAAUGUUUCCACACUGUUUGUCCAACUCAUGGACAUAUUCCUUUAUCUCAGUGAACAACAAAUCUUCAGGAAACUCUGAAAGCCUUAAACUAUGUCAUAACUACUUUGCACCAUGUUUACAGUUGAUCAUUGUAUAGGUAUAUAUGCCCUCCUGCGGGCUCAUUACAGAUACUCAUUAUGCAAUAUGGCACUUUUUUCUUACAGGUGUAUUUGGCUGAAUAGUGUAAUGGCUUGCACUGUUACUAUGCUUCUCCAAGCAAGCACUGUGGAACUUUGCUAAUGUGUUGAUAACCAAUGGUUUGUAAAACUGCCUUUUUUAUUCAAAUGCUUUAGAAAGCGUGAUGAAAUAACUGGGUAGUUGUUGUUUUUUUGCUUUGUUUAUUUUAGAGUUUGCUUAGUCAUCCAGGCCAUCACCUGUUGUGGAGUUUGUUUAAUUAGAUUUUUUUUUCCUAGAUGGGACACACAUCAUUAUUGCUCCCAGAUCUGUUGACUUAUGUUUCCUCCACACUAAGAUCAAAGAACUUCAGAUGUCUUCCUCAUUCACAUCAAACCAUCUUCAUUAUACCAUUUCACUGUAGAUCUGUUUGUCUUUAUCAGGAGCUGUACUCAUUGAGGUGAAUGCAAUGCUUUUGAAAGUUUUGUACAUGUUUCCUCAGAGGUUCAAUCUGUUGACAGUUUCUGGCUGCUGCUGGCAGUAACCAGAAACACAUGGACUGUUUAACAAAGGAACACACAUACACAAUAUAUAUAUACUUCUUUUCUACGCUUUCAAAUGGAAAUAUAUCCUUCCAUCAUCAGAUGGAAAGGUCUUUUCACUCCGACUCUGUCCGGGUCUCAAAGCUAUAAUAUCACAAGAAGAACAUACCUCACUGAUUUUAUUUUAUUUUAUUUGCCGUAUCUGUGCAGAAUCCAUCCAACCUGUCUCUCAGAACUUCCUAUAAAGCCAUUGAACCUCGGGUUUCAGAAAUUUGUUUUUAUCAGCCAGAUGGUCUGUUUUGUACCCUUUGUCCUUAUAUUGUCUGUAUAUGCAACAUCACUACUACCUGUGUAGCAGCAGAAUUUCCUUUUCCCCUGCCUCUACGAACUUCUGUUGUUAAUAGACAGUGGUAAACGAAUCUACUGGAUAAAUCACCAACAGUCCCUGUUGUCAAAGCUCAGCAGCUGUUUUAGUCACCAAGGGAAAGACUCACUGUUGGCUGGGGCUGAAAAUCAUUAGUAUAAUGUAAAAAUACCUGUAGACUGUCACGUCACUGCAGAUAUCGAUUGAAAGAGCUCAGUCCAAAUCUAUUUGUUCAUAUCACUGAAUGUGGCUUGAUGACAGACGAGCAUUAUCCACUUUGGAUUUAAUUUGUGCUGCGCUGCCUUGCUGAGAGAAAAAGAAGCGAUAAUUUCUCUUGUCACCACACUAAUUCAGAUAUGCACAUUGUACAGAAACGGAUGUUUUUUAAAUUGAUGCCUAAUUUUUACAUUAAUGUAAUUUUUAAAAUCCUCUUAUCAAAGCUUUAGUUAAGGUUAAUAGGAGGAACUGUGGAACUAAAUAAUAACUGCAACAAGCUGUUUUGAUAUUUAUAUUCUCAGGUGUCUUAAAUUUUGAGCUUUGGAGUUUCAAUAUUUCCUGUGCAACACCGAAGUACAAGCAUGUUUUAUUUCUUUUAUUAUUCUGAUUAAUUUAUUACAAAAAAGACGUAUCAUUUGUGUGGUUUAAUUAUUCUUUUCAUAACUCAUUUUGUGACGUGGAACUCUACUAAUAUUAAAUGGUUCCAUUGUUUGCUUGACAUGAAAAUACCAGUGCUUUUUUUUUUUUUUUUAAAUAAAAAUCCCUAAGUUGA